AUGUGGCAGCAGGCGGCUCAGCUGGUGCUGCAGCCAAGCCCAUCAUUUAGCAGCAGUCUCCGGCACCUGCAUGCGAGCGCCUGGCGGGCAGCCGCGGCAGCGCAUCCGGCCGAUGACCAGUCGCUGGGCAUCCUCAAGCGGCGCCAGCAGGAGCUGCAGGAGCGCAUUCAGGACGCCGUGAAGGUGGCCGACCUGCCGUCCCUGAAGCGCCGGAUGGCGGAGCUGGAGGAGGCGGCGGGUGCGAGCGACCUGUGGGAGCAGCGGGCGCGGGCCACGGCGGUGCUGCAGCAGCUGACGGCGCUGCGGGAGGAGGUGGCGGCGCUGGAGCGCUUCUGCGGGCAGCUGGAGGACCUGGGGGUGGCUAUGGAGCUGCUGGAGAUGGAGGACGAGGCGGGCGCGCAGGCGAUGGCGGCAGAGGCGGGAUCCAUCUGCGACGGGCUGGCAGCCGGCUUGGAGGCCUGGGAGCUGCGGCGGCUGCUGGGGGGCCCGUACGACGACCGAGGAGCGGUGCUGACGAUCCAGGCGGGGGCGGGCGGCACGGAUGCCCAGGACUGGGCUGAGAUGCUGGAGCGCAUGUACCUGCGCUGGGCGGAGAAGCAGGGGCACCGCACUCGGGUGGUGGACCGGCAGCAGGGCGAGGAGGCGGGCAUCAAGUCUGUGGAGAUUGAGGUGGAUGGGCGGUACGCCUACGGGUACCUGCACGGCGAGAAGGGCACCCACCGCCUCGUGCGCCAGUCGCCCUUCAACGCCAAGGCCGCCCGCCAGACCAGCUUUGCGGCGGUGGAGGUCAUGCCCAUGCUGGGCGAGCUCGUCGACGAGGUGGAGCUGCCGGAGUCGGACCUGGAGAUAACAACCAUGCGCUCCGCCGGCGCCGGCGGGCAGAACGUGAACAAGGUGGAGACGGCGGUGCGCAUCAAGCACUUGCCCACGGGCAUCGCGGUCAAGUGCCAGAUGGAGCGCUCGCAGGCCCAGAACAAGUCGAUAGCACUGGGCAUGCUAAAGGCCAAGCUUCUGGUGGUGGCCCAGGAGCAGCAGCUGCAGGAGGUUGCGGAGAUACGGGGAGACCUUGUGAAAGCGGAGUGGGGCCAGCAGAUCCGCAACUACGUGUUCCACCCGUACAAGCUCGUGAAGGAUGUGAGGACCGGCCAGGAGACGUCUGACGUGGCGGGCGUGAUGGAUGGGGAGCUGCAGCCCUUCAUGCAGGCCUACCUGCAGCACAGGGGCCGGCAGCUGGGCGGCCUUGCGGCGGCCCCGGCGGCAGGCGUGGGGGCGCCCGCCUGA